CCAGCAGCAUCCAGCAGCCAUGCAGUCCGACUAGUCAAUCUGCUGCCUUCCCGGAGACUCUGCAAGGUGAUCCCUCAUUCUUGCAAGCUGCUUGUCCAGUGUUCCCAGCCUCGAACCCCAAAGUGAACGGAGAGCCUUGACCUUUCCGGAUUCGUACCCCACCGCAGUGCCAAGGUCUCCAGAUUUGACUGAGCCGCCCUUCUGAUAACGCCUCUCUCAUCGCUGACCCUGGUGCGCGACGCCCAACUGCACACUCUCAUUCCAACAUAGAUACCCUUCUGUUAUAGAUCCCGCCAGGUGGAGACGUAUCUCCUCCCAUAAACCAGCAUGGAGACCCUCAAAGCGGUCUUUUUUGGUCCUGAUCCUCAAACACAGAUGAGGAAAUGUAACCAGCUCAUUCGCGCCAAUACCCGUCAAUUAGAUCGUGACAUCGCACAACUGAAAACCCUGGAAAGCAAGACCCGGCAGUACAUAAUGAAUUCAUCGCGGCGGGCCCAGCGAAAUCCCUCCCAGGCUAAGCAGGCCAAUACGGAGGCCAAGACGUUUGCGCGAGAGCUGGUGCGGAUUCGAAAACAGUCCACCCGCUUACACACCAGUCGCGCGCAACUGCAAAGUGUCCAGAUGCAGGUGAACGAGGCGUUUUCCGUCCGGAAGAUCCAGGGCAGCCUGAAGAAAUCGACGGGAAUCAUGAAGGAUGUAAAUACAUUGGUCCGGAUGCCCGAACUGACGGCCACGAUGCGUCAGCUCUCGACGGAACUGGUGCGGGCCGGAAUCAUUGAGGAAAUGGUCGAUGAUGCGAUCCCCAACAGUGAGCUGCUGGAAGAAGAAGAGGAAGAAGCCGACGAGGAAGUCGACAAGGUUCUCCAGGAGAUUUUGCAUGGCAAGCUGUCCCAGGUCGAAGGGGUCCAGCCAGAGAGGCCAUUGGAGGAGGCUCCGGAACCGGAGGAGGAGUUCGUGGACCCCGAAGCGACGCUGGAGCAGAUGAGGGGACGACUGGAAGCCUUGAAGAGCUGAAGGACCCAACGAACGAGGUUGGCUGUAUAUCUGGGCUUACAUUGUGGUGAGUUGCGAGAUGUCGUUGAGUAUAAGAUGGGUUUCUUUCCUGCUUGACUGGAGUUUGGUAGGGUGGGCGUUUUGGGGCGUUCAUCUAAAUAUUGUUCCAACCUUGAUUUACGGGGCUGGUCCUUCAACGUUGAGCGGAUUCCGAUGUUUCUUUUGAUUUGAUGAUUUCUCUCCGAUAAUAUCCCUGCCCGUAGAUAUGUGCUUGACUCCUGCAUUGUUGGGUUGGCUUUUGGUCUUUGGGCAGCAGCGACUCUUGGCGCAGCGGGAUGUUACAGAUGCCUGCGAGUCGACGAGUGUGGGCUGCGAGGUCGAAUGAAGAAUACAAAAUUAGAUUGCAUGAUU